AAUAUUUACUGCUGUGCAACCUUUACUUACUUUUCUGAUCAUGUGACUUGUUCAAAAUGGCGAAUUACGAAUGGCAACCUAGAAAGAGAAAUUAUGAGCGCGAGACAGAGACUGAAAGACUGCCAACAACGGUCGCCUCUUCACAUCCUCUGAAAGCCAUAACAGUAUCUGAGAUAAAACAUGCAGACAAGAAAGGGUCAGCUGCGAGAAAGACACCAAACAAAGGAUCAACACCUAGCAAGGGCUCAAGUAUUAUGUCAGAUCCUCUUAGUUCACUCAGCGACAUGGGUCCACUGAGUACAGCACUAGAUGGCUUAGAUCCAUUGUCAGCCAUGGCAGCUGAGGCCUCCAGGACAACCAAGAGUAGAGGAUUAAGUUUUGGGGAAAGUGGUACAAAAGUUCGAGCAGAUUCUCUGGAUGACUCAUUUGAGCCUUGGUCAGCUAAGCGAGUAGAUAUUCUGUCCAAAUAUACUACAUCAGAAAAACUAUCAAUUACCACAAGUUUUCUGUCAUCUGCAGACAAGGAACAUGUUGUAAUAAAAUCACAGAGUCAAACCACCACUGGUACAAUGUCGGACAAAGUGAAAAACAGACUGGAACAAUUAGAUGACUUUGAAGAGGUAGGAAAUAUUUGUUGUAAAUUAAUUAUCAAUAAAUAUGAAGAGAUAAUUAAAAGAAGGAAAUGUUUCCCGAUAAAGAUCUUAAUCAGGCUCUUAUGCAGCUUGGAGCAAGACCAGAGAGUAAAGGCUCUAAAAAUAGCUAUUCAGUGCUCAAAGUUGUUGGCUGAUGUGAGUGUGAUACAGUUCUACCCCAGCAAGUUCGUUCUUAUAACAGAUAUACUUGAUACAUUUGGGAAGUUGGUGUAUGUGAGAUUGAGAGAUAAAGCCCAGUAUUUUCCUCCUGGAAGUGGAGUAGCCAUUAAACUACCUGAAAAUUUUACUCCUGAUCAGGUGCCUGAUUCAGCUAAGGAAACCUGUCGUAAUUGGUUCUUUAAGAUUGCCUCAAUCCGUGAACUGAUUCCAAGGUUUUAUGUGGAGGCAGCCAUCAUGAAAUGUUACAGUUUCCUUAAUCCAGGAGAGUAUGCUGAUGCAUUAAGACGCCUGUCUCAGAUGAUAAGUGGAAUGGGUGAUCCACUUGUAUCGCUAUAUGCUAAAUGUUUCCUCAGUAGGGUUGGAAUAGCAGUUGCUCCAAGCAUCAAGGAUCACCUGUUACCAAUGUUUGAUGGGUUUCUAGCCACAUUCCCACAGGUACAAGGUGACAGUGUACAGAAUAUUUUGGCAGUACAGAAAUUAGAGAUGCCACGUUACCUGACACUGUUCUCACCUGGGCUGGACUGGCUGCUACAGUGUAUAGCUCAUAAAGCAUCGGAUAACACUCUCACUGAUAUACUAGAGAAGUCUAGGAAACAAUGUAACAGUGCAUUACUACUGAACUCUCUGAUAUCAGCAUUUAAACCAGAGUAUAUAGCAGCUAGAGCCACCAAGUUUAUUGAGAUGAUCAAAGAAUGUGAAGAAACAGGUUUUCCUAAACAUUUAUUAUUCCGUACAUUGGGCACAUGUCUGGCAAUAGCUGAUCCACCAGGGGACCAGAAACUGACAGUGUUAAAUGAAGUCUGGAAACCAAUAACUAAACUGAAAAAUCCAGCUGAUUACAUGGCGUGUGCAGAGUCCUGGAUGGAGUUUAUUGUUAAACAUUUUGGGAAACGGGAGAUAAACACAGUAU